AUGGCCUCGCAGAACACCACCUCAUACACUGCAGUUCCCAGAAGGAAUUCCGAUAGCCGUUUCUCUUUCGAAGACAUCCCAUCCGAAACACCAUCUGGAGGUCAUCAAGCCUAUGGACACCCACCUGCACGGGGAAGCAUCAGCGAAGAAGACGACUCCCAUCCUCACAUGAAUAAACCGACUUCCACAGCACAAGCUAUACCCUUUACCAGCGACCACCAGAGCAAUGAAGAUAUAGUGCAGCCUGUAGAAUGGAAGAUAUCUCUCUACACGCCGAUCUCGAUGGUUGCCCUCUUCAUUUCUGGAGUAGCAGUGGCAAUCGGCCACCACCUAUUCUACUUGCGCUUCGACAGUAGUCCUGUGCGAGGAGCAGAUGAAGACUACACCUCUCAAGUUUGGAUCAUCCGAUACGGAACGGCAUUUGCGUUUGUCACAAAGACACUACUAGCUGGUGCGAUUAUCGUAGCGUACAAGCAACACAUGUGGAUCAACCUCCGGUACAAGGCUAAUUCAGUGUCUACGAUCGAUGCGGUCUUUGCAGCUACUCAUGAUCUUUUAUCUUUUCUUCACCCUUCGUUCUGGACCAGAGCAAAGAUUCCGGCGCUGAUGGCAUUGAUUGCAUGGUGUCUACCCCUCGCUGCCCUCAUUCCGCCUUCCACUCUCACUGUAACCGGCGCUGAGCUUUACGCCGAGCGAUCCACAAAAGUCCCAACUCUCAACCUCAACGACACCGCACUGUACACAAGCGAAGGUAUCGGUGAAGGCACCUCACCCUUACUCCACCGCUUGACCAUUGCCACGGCCACAAGCAUGGAAAUCCUCCCCAUGCGCCGCACCCUCCCCAUCAACGCAACCUACGUCUACUCAUUGGUCGCACCCUCCCUAAAAUGCACCCCCGCAACCGGUGACCAGCUACAGAACUUCAUCCCCAUCCGCAAAGAAUCCAUCCGCCAACUCCUCAUCGUAGCCGGCCAACCCAACUCCUUCGAUGCCGAUAUGCGCUACCUCUCCUUCGCCGCCAACGCCACAGGCGUCAGUCUCACAGGCUCCAGCAACAUAACUACCUACGUAACCAAAUGCGUCGCAGGCGAGAGCUUCGGCGGCUGCGGCACCAACUCCACCACUCCUACCUUCUUCAUGCAAAUGGGCAACGAAACCAUAACCUGCACCACACACAAUACAAAUUUCACCGUGCUCUUUGGCGCCCUUGGCGCCCAAGACACACAGCCUGUCACCUACCUCUCCCACGAGUUUCUGGAACCGCUGAAUACAAGAGUAACGCAAAAAAUGUUCAGAGCCCUCUCCACCAUCCUCAAUGGCUUCUUCGGAACCUACAUCGAAGGCGGCGCAGGUGGCGGCUACUUUUCUGGCAAAACAAUGAUACCCGACACUGCGCUUCUCGAGCUUCUCCAGCAGAACUUCCCCGAGCUGCGCAAUAUCGUGCCACAGGAAGCUUGGAUGUCGCAGCGUACGAAUACAACUCUCGCGGCUAUAGUCGAGGAGUUAUCGCGGAAUCAGACGCUGAGUCUUUUCAGUAACGAGAGACUUUGGGAAACGGACGAGGCGAAGAAGGCGGAAGUGCCGGUUCGGUAUCAGAGUUUGUACAAUAUAUAUGAGUAUGCGCCACGGAAUCUCUGGGUCGCAUAUGGGGCUGCGAUUGCGUGUUCGUUUGCGGCGGUGUUGUUGGGGCUCAGGGCCCUGUGGGUGAAUGGCGUGUGUCAUGAUAGUUCUUUUUCGGCGGUUGUGGCGGCCACGCGGAGUAGGUAUCUGGAUCGGCUUACGAGGGGCCAUUCGCUGGGGUCUACGCCCAUGGGCGAGAAGAUUCUCAGGGCGAGACUGCGGUUUGGGGUUCUAGAGCCAGAGGAUAAGGUUACGGCCAAGGGCAUGUAUAGGGCCGGAUUUGGUACGGAGGAUAGCGUUACGACGUUAAAGAAGGGGCAGGUUGUUUAUUAA